AUGAAAAAUAAAUUUGAGCAAUUAGUACAGGCCAAUGAUGCGAGGAAGGAUUUGUAUGAUAAAGAGAAAGAAUUACAAGAUGUUAAACAAGAGGUUUUGGGGCUAAAACAAGCGUUGAAAGAUGCAAAUGAUCAAUGUGUCCUCCUUUUCAAUGAAGUUCAGAAGGCAUGGAAGGUCUCCUAUACUCUGCAGUCAGAUUUGAAGGGAAAUGCCAUGGUCACGAACAUGGUCAUGGUCACGGUCAAGGCCAUGAUCAUGAUCACUGGCAUAGUGGAGAUGCGAAAAGAGAGUGGGCCGAAACAGAAGAAGCAAUGGAAUAUUAAUGUACAGGGUGCUUAUCUUCAUGUGCUAGGAGAUUCGAUUCAGAGUGUUGGCGUGAUGAUUGGUGGAGCGAUCAUAUGGUAUAAGCCCGAGUGGAAGAUCAUCGAUUUGAUAUGUACCCUUAUAUUCUCAGUGAUUGUGCUGGGCACUACAAUAAGAAUGCUUCGGAAUAUUUUGGAGGUUCUCAUGGAGAGCACACCGAGGGAGAUUGAUGCCACAAGGCUGGCACAGGGUCUGUGCGAGAUAGAUGAUGUGACUGCAGUGCAUGAGUUGCACAUCUGGGCAAUAACAGUCGGGAAAGUCUUGCUGGCUUGCCACGUUAAAAUAAAGCAUGAAGCCAAUGCGGACAGGGUGCUGAACAAGGUUGUUGACUUCAUCAGAAGAGAAUAUAACAUCAGCCAUGUCACUAUUCAGAUAGAGCGUGAGUAGAUGUUGAGCUAGUGAGAUGACCCAUCUGUAGUUAGGCAUCGAUGCACUGAAUAUAUGUGGAGAUGUUUGAAGGAUCUGGUGAUUCAACUUUUCUCGAUCACAAAGAUGAUGAGCACCUACACUAUGUUUCCUUGAGAAGCCAGCUGGAUCAACACUGAGGUUAAAUUUCAUCUCUUAAUUGUCCAGUGGACAUGAAACCUUUCACCAUGUAUAAAAUGCAGUGUGCACGGCCCUUGUUCGCAACUUUUGGACAUGCUACCCAUGCUUUUAUAUUGCCUGUGUUAAUUGAUCUCGA